GGAGGAGGAGGAGGAGGAGGAGGAGGAGGAGGAGGAGGGUUCGCUCGCCUGCUCCGACGCAGACAUGGUGGACUGAUCCCCGGCGGGGCCGAGAGCAGGGUUUCCUGAGGCGCCCCCCGCGCGUGGCCCCGCCGCGCCCCGCGCCCCGCAGCCCCUCGCCGGCGCCCGCGUCGGGUGCGGCGGUCGGGCCGGGCAUUCGUGUUCCCGCCGCGUCCCGCGCCCGGUCCCUAUGGAGGCGCCGCUCGCCGGCGAGGCCGCCGACCAUGCCUAGGAGGGCCGGGAGCGGGCAGCUGCCGCUACCCCGGGGCUGGGAGGAGGCCAGGGACUACGACGGCAAGGUCUUCUACAUCGACCACAACACCAGGAGGACCAGCUGGAUCGACCCCCGGGACAGAUUUCGGUCUCAGUGGUACGCUGACUUCCUAAAAUCAAUAUGGAAACUUUCGUGCCUUUCCAUGGUGCAGUUCAAGUAUCGCUGGAAUUGGGUGUUCCUUGCAGUGUGGUUAACGAAGCCCUUGUCGUUUGCCGAUUGUGUUGGGGAUGAACUUCCGUGGGGAUGGGAAGCAGGGUUUGACCCACAGAUUGGUGUCUACUACAUCGAUCACGUCAACAAAACCACACAGAUUGAAGAUCCACGAAAACAGUGGAGGGGGGAACAGGAGAAGAUGCUCAAGGACUAUCUCUCGGUGGCCCAGGAUGCUCUCAGGACACAGAAGGAGCUGUACCACGUGAAGGAGCAAAGACUGGCCCUGGCCCUCGAUGAAUAUGUACGAUUAAAUGACGCCUAUAAGGAGAAGUCAAGUUCUCACACAAGCUUAUUCUCAGGAUCUUCAUCCAGCACUAAGUACGAUCCCGAUAUUUUAAAAGCGGAGAUCUCCACUACGCGAUUAAGGGUUAAAAAGCUGAAGAGAGAACUCUCACAGAUGAAGCAGGAAUUGCUCUAUAAAGAACAAGGCUUUGAGACAUUGCAACAAAUUGAUAAGAAAAUGUCUGGAGGCCAGAGUGGCUAUGAACUCAGUGAAGCCAAAGCCAUUCUAACUGAACUGAAAUCUAUCAGAAAGGCUAUCAGCUCAGGAGAAAAAGAAAAACAAGAUCUGAUGCAGAGUCUCGCUAAGCUGCGGGAGCGGUUCCAUUUGGACCAGAGCACGGGCACAUCCGAGCCAGAUUUGAGGUCCAGUCCUGUGAACUCCCAUUUAUCUCUCUCCAGACAGACCCUUGACGCCGGGUCACAAACCAGCAUUUCUGGAGAUAUCGGAGUGAGAAGUAGAUCAAAUUUAGCUGAAAAGGUCAGGCUGAGCCUACAGUAUGAAGAAGCCAAAAGGAGUAUGGCCAACUUGAAAAUUGAACUGUCAAAACUGGACAGUGAGACCUGGCCCGGGGCGCUGGACAUCGAGAAGGAGAAGCUGAUGCUGAUUAACGAGAAAGAAGAGCUUUUGAAGGAGCUGCAGUUUGUCACCCCACAAAAACGCACCCAAGAUGAACUGGAGCACCUGGAGGCCGCCAGGCAGCGGCUGGAGGAGGAGCUGUUGUCCGUGAGGGGUCCGCCGAGCCGGGCGCUGGCCGAAAGAUUGCAGUUGGAAGAGCGAAGGAAAGAGCUGCUACAGAAACUUGAGGAGACUACUAAAUUAACUACUUAUUUGCACUCACAACUGAAAAGCCUCUCUGCCAGCACCCUGUCCGUGUCAUCCGGGAGCAGCCUGGGCUCCCUGGCCUCCAGCCGGGGGUCUCUGAACACCUCCAGCAGAGGGUCGCUCAGCUCCCUCAGUUCCGGAGAGCUCUAUUACACCGGCCAGAGCGACCAGGUAGACGCGGAUUAUCAAUGUAAACUGGACCUCCUUCUGCAGGAGAAAGGCGGCUACAUUCCUUCUGGACCCAUCACCACCAUCCAUGAAAACGAGGUGGUCAAGUCCCCCAGCCAGCCUGGCCAGAGCGGCCCCUGUGGGGCGGCAGCCACAGCCACAGGCCACACUCCCCCACGGACUGAGGCCCCCAAGUCUGUGACGUCCCUGUCCUCACGGUCCUCCCUCUCCUCCUUGUCCCCUCCCGGCUCCCCCCUGGUUCUGGAAGGCACGUUCCCCAUGUCUUCCCACGAUGUCCCUCUCCAUCGGUUCACUGCUGACUUUGAAGACUGUGAAUUGAGUAGCCGUUUUGCAGACAUUGGCCUCGGUGACAAUCAGAUCUUGCUGGACUCGAACUCAGGAGGAGCGUCCCAGUCUCUCGCAGAGGAUAAAGACCUCAGCGAAUGCGCCCGGGAGCCGUUGUAUGAAGGAACUGCAGAUGUGGAAAAAUCAUUACCAAAAAGAAGAGUGAUCCACUUGCUUGGGGAGAAAAGUGCUUGCGUGUCAGCUGCUGUGUCCGAUGAGUCUGUGGCUGGAGACAGCGGGGUCUACGAAGCUUUCGUGAAACAGCCUAGUGAAGUUGAAGAUGUUCCGUACAGUGAAGGGGAUGUCACCAUCGUGGAGACUGCCCAGGUGCAGAUCGGACUCAGAUAUGAUGCCAGAAGGUCAAGUUUCAUGGUGAUUUUAGCACAGCUCCGAAAUCUCCAUGCCUUCCUGAUACCUCACACUUCAAAAGUAUAUUUCAGGGUUGCUCUGCUUCCCUCCUCAACUGACGUCAGCUGUCUGUUUCGAACGAAAGUCCAUCUAGCCACAGAAUCCAUUCUGUUCAACGAUAUGUUCCGGGUGGCCAUCUCCCAAACAGCCUUACAGCAGAAGACGCUGAGAGUGGAUCUCUGCUCUGUCAGUAAACACCAAAGUGAACAAUGCCUGGCUGGAACUCAGAUCAGUUUGGCCGACUUACCGUUUUCCAAUGAGAUUUUCACUCUGUGGUAUAACUUGCUGCCUUCUAAACAAAUGUCUCGCAAAAAGAAUGGCGAAGAAAAUGAGGAUUCCGUGUUUCAACCAGACCAGCCGUUAAUCGAACCUAUAGACUUGGAUGCCGUGUCAGCCCUCCUUGCAAGAACAUCAGCUGAGCUGUUGGCUGUGGAACAAGAAUUAGCACAGGAGGAGGAGGAAGAAGAAGAACCAGGGCAGGAAGAAGAGGAAAGGGGUCCAGAUGGAGACUGGUUGACAAUGCUGCGGGAGGCCUCUGAUGAAAUCGCGUCUGAAGAAGAGGCCGACGUGAAGUUGCCCGAGGGCGGUCGCCGUGCAGGAGACCUGUGCUCGCGCCCCCGCGGGCCCGAGGCGGAGGAGGACGUGGGCAGGAGAGAGGACGGCGGUGCUGAAGGGCGCGGCAGCCGGCCGCCCGGCGGGCCGUCCACCCUGGUUGAUAAAGAGACAAACACGGAUGAGGCAGGCGACACCAGUGUGGCAGUUCGCCCCAAAGACCGCAGCGGCCUGAGCACUCGGCAGCGCCCCUUUGUCCGCAGCAGCGUGAUCGUGCGCUCCCAGACCUUCUCCCCGGGGGAGCGGAACCAGUACAUCUGCAGGUUGAAUCGAAGUGACAGCGACAGCUCAACCCUGGCUAAAAAAUCACUGUUUGUGAGAAACUCCACCGAACGGCGCAGUUUGAGGGUCAAAAGGACGGUGUGCCAGCCCGUCCUGAGAAGAACGGCGCAGGAACGGCCCGUGCGCACAUCCCUGGACCUAGAACUGGACCUUCAGGCGUCUCUCACCCGGCAGAGCCGCCUCAACGACGAGCUGCAGGCCCUGAGGGGCCUGAGGCAGAAGCUGGAGGCGCUGAAAGCCCAGGGGGAGACUGACCUUCCACCGGGCGUGCUGGAGGACGAGCGCUUCCAGAAGCUCCUGAAACAAGCUGAGAAACAGGCCGAACAGUCCAAAGAAGAGCAGAAGCAGGACUUGAACGCCGAGAAAUUGAUGCGGCAAGUGUCCAAGGACGUGUGCCGGCUGCGCGAGCAGAGCCGGAAGGUGCCGCGCCAGGUGCAGUCCUUCAGGGAGAAGAUUGCCUACUUCACCAGAGCGAAGAUAAGCAUCCCGUCCCUGCCAGCCGAUGAUGUGUGAUCACAUCGCUGAAGACAUUACGUUGUCUCCUGUUCAUUCUUAGGGAGGGUACAAGACUGAACGUUUGUUUUGCUUCGGGGGGUUCUUUUUGUAACGUAACUAUCAACUCUUAAAGAGCUUUUAUUUCACAGCAGAUUUUCAACAUGUUAAUUUGUAAAGUAUCUUGAAUGUAAUUCUUAUAUGUUUAAAAAAGAAAAGAAAUCCGAUAACCAAAACGAUCUGGUACACGAACGUCCAGUACCUGCGUUUUGCCAACGGGCUGCAGUUUAUAAAAGUGGAACGGAGGCCGUGCCCCGUGCAUAUAUAUCCCAGUGGCCCAGCUGUUGAGAAAUGGCUCGGUUUAGCAGAAGGUGAUUUUUGCUUUUCCUUGGUUGUCCCACGAGCAGACUGAGGAUGGCAGCCGGCCGGGCGGUAUUUUUGUACCAAGGGGCGGCUCUUUGAGUUUGAACUCAAACGUGAGUACGGUUCCGGCUCCACCUGAAACAGGUGUCUGCGCUCCCGUCCGCCACCUGUGUCAGAGCCCCUCGUUUCUUUAAAACAACUUCCUUUUUGUCCUUUUCUUUGAGUCUAAAGAAAACAAACCGCCGGAGCAGUGCUCCUGGCCGCGGGGAAGGCCUUUUGAUGGGUCACCUCCUGAGCGGGGAGAGGAAGGGGGAGAGCCGGGGACCCUACACACACAAGUCACCUCCUCGGCGAGCACCUGCCGCCUCGGACGCAGCCCGGGCCCGCGUACGUGCUCCGAGGGCCGUGCCCAGCCUGCGCCCUUGACGCCGCGUCCUGGGCGCGAGGCUGGUGCCCCGCACGGCGCCGUGGUGGCCGGCGCUCUAAGCCCAGAGCGCGCGGGCGAUGCGGAGGGAAGCGCGUCAGCACGCAUCUGGUGAACCUGGGAGUCCCGAUUGGAUCAAAGUUGCCAAAAAAAAAAAAAAUUUUUUUAAACUUUAUUAAACAGAUUUCUAACAUUUACUAGAAACUAUUUGGCAGCUCUCGUGUUUAGGGGAUCCUAUCUGUAAUUUGUGGUGAGGAGGCCAAGAGAAGAGUGUGCCUGGGGACAUUAUUAACUUGAAAUAUCAGCCAAGGCGGUUGGUUAAGAAAACAAUUCUAGAUGAUCUCGUGUCGAGAGGGGAAAAAGGCUCUAGGUCGUCCGUGUAGAAUGUUAUCCCACCCGCCCCAGGCCCUGCUUGCGAGAAACGUAUCUGCUCUGCCAGCAUAAAGGCUUUCGAAGUAAAGAGUAUUUGUGCAAUUUAACUCAUACUUAUCAUUCGGUCAGUUCUACUGGAAGAGGCAGUUUUUGGUCAGCCAUCUUUCAUAGCAAACUAAAUCUUGGUGGUUUUGCUUUGUUUUGUUUUGUUUUUUGAGAAGUACAAAAAUCCUCUUAACGGAAUGGAUCCCUUAAAAAAAAUAAUAAGUUCUAUUUCUAAGAUAGCAUCCUCAGCAAGAAUUCUUAAGUUUCUUGAAAGUAAUUCUACAUAUUCUGGAAAGUUCGUUUUAUCAGAAUCAAAAUUCGAAGUAAGCAAUUUCUGAGCCGAGAACUUUAAUUAUCUCUUCCUAAGUUAUCCCACCGCUUUCAUCUAAAAUGUCUCCGAAGCCAUAACUGGAUGUGACACCACUCUGGACAAAAACCCGCCUCGCGACUGCGCACCGUCCUUCGAGGCCGCGCGGCCCAUUCUUUCAGAUGACUAAGGAAAACCAGAGCAGGAAUGCCAUUCCUCCUUGUCAAGGUCAAAUGUGAAAGACAGAAGUUUAUUUAAUAUAGAGCUAAAUGAAGGUCAGCCGUUUUCAGCUUCGUAGUGUGGCCGUGAAAAUGUUUAUAGAAUUAUGUGUAGUUGUACCGUACGAUUUUAUUUUCUUCAUUUAUUUAUUUACGGUCUUAUUUAUGUUCUGUUUAAUAUAUAGUUCGGUUCUGGCCAUUUGAAAUGUUUGACCCAGAAGAGGCUAUAUUGGACUAUUUACACCUUUAUAAAUCUUCCUCAGAUUAGCAAAUCACUCUUUGUCAUACAAAAAGCCUCAGACCAGUAUACAAGAAUUAAAUCUGUCUCAGGCUGGUAGUUAACAGUUGUGACCAAGAUGCUUUAGGUUUUAUUUCACAAAAUGUGCUCCUUUCUAACAUGAGAAACGAACUUAUUUUAGUAUAAUCCUUUUCCACACGUUAAAAAUCAGCAAUAGUGUUAUGUAUUUAUAGGCAGCUUUUUCACAAUGCUGUCAUUUGUACUAACCCAAAUGAUUCACAGUGACAAAACAUUUUAAUAACUUGAUCACAAAACCGUAUGAACAAUAUGAAUUUUAAUAUUAUAAAUACUAUUUUUUAAAGGUAGAAUUUAUUCUGCACAGGGUAAAAAGAAUGUAAUAUUUAGGUCUCAAGUUUGAAUUAUCAGUAUGUUAUUAUAAUUUUGUAUAUCAGAAUCUAAGUUGCAGGUACAAAAAAAAAAUAUUGGUAGCCAAAUGAACAAAGUUUAGCUGAAUCUCUGUGGCAUGCAAAUCAAAUUUAAAAUCUUUUUUUUUUCGCUAUUACUUUAUCUAUAUUGUAUUAAAUAUCAAAAGCUCAGGACUGAACUAAAUAUUUAAUCAGGUUAAAUUCUGAAUAUGUUUCUGUUUUAAUUUGUCUCGUUUGUAAAAGUAUGCAAAUACAUCACAUAGAUUAACUUUGGUUUCUGCACUUUCCCUGUGUUUGUGGGUGGACAAAAGUUCGGUGGGUUUUUUUGUUUUUGUUUUUUUUAAACAAAGAUGCAUAUUGCCUCAUA